AUUCCCAUGGAAGAUGGCGGCAACAAUUCGAAGGCAUUGUUUGGACUCGGCGCUUUCUUGUGGAGAAAGGAACCGAUUUCUCUGUGAUUCUGCGUCUUCAACUCCUCCAAGCUUCGUCUCUUUCAAGUGUCUCUCCUUCUCUGCUGCUCUCUCGUUGAGCGUCGUUCCCAAUGUCAAAGAAUCGUUGUCACAGAGCGCUCGGGAGAGAUCAAUUCGUCAUGGAUCUGUAAUUUGCAUGGCCAGAAGAUAUGCUCCUAACAAUACGAAGAGAAAGAGGUUGAGUAGGAAGAGGGGUGGUGAUCCAGAAAAGAAAAAGAAGACAAGGAGGAAAGGGGGAAGGAAAGAUUUCAAAAUAAUCCGACUCUCCUCAACUGCUGGGACUGGUUUUUUCUAUGCCAAGAAAAAAAGCAGGAAGAUGGCUGAUAAGAUUGAGCUCCAGAAAUUUGACCCUCUUGCAAAACGACAUGUUCUGUUCACUGAAGUCAAAAAUUGCAGAGAAAAAGAGGGAAAAGAAGGAAAGUAAGUGAGAGUGGAGUUGGAAAAGUUGGAUGGUGCGCAGCGCAAGGACCGAUACAGUUUUGAAGACAGUCAUGUUCAUCAUGUAAUCCCGAAGAGUCGAUUUUGGGCGAAGGGCAAUUAUGGGCAUGAUCACAGUGAGAAAGGCAUGGGAGAAAGAAAUUGAUGAAAGUUAGGCACUUAUGGUAUGUGCCACCCCCACUUUCCACUUGACUCUUCUUUAUUUACUUCUCUACCAACUAUUCCUUUCUUAUCAUUGUUCAUCAUUCAACCUUUUGACAUA